CCCUCUGCUUCCCUCAGCUUUUGCUUCUUCUCCGUAGCAGCUGCAGCUUCACCUGCCGCCGGUUUACUGCUUCAUCGCCCUCGCUUACUGGAUUUCAGGGAAUUGGGAAGAAUUUGGAAUGGGUGCCAGCAGCGAUCCCAACCCUGAGGCCUCUGACGAGCAGCAGAAACGCUCCGAGAUAUACACCUAUGAAGCCCCCUGGCACAUCUACGCCAUGAGCUGGAGCGUACGCCGUGACAAAAAGUACCGCCUUUCUAUUGCCAGCCUCCUUGAGCAUUACCCUAACCGUGUCGAGAUUGUCCAGCUUGACGACUCCAAUGGUGAGAUCCGCUCUGACCCUAACCUCGCCUUCGAACACCCUUAUCCUCCCACCAAAACCAUCUUCAUCCCUGACAAAGAAUGCCAGAAGCCAGACCUCCUUGCCACCUCCUCCGACUUCCUCCGGAUUUGGCGCAUUUCUGAUGAUCACUCCCGUGUUGACCUCAAGUCCGUCCUUAAUGGCAACAAAAACAGUGAGUUUUGCGGUCCUCUUACCUCCUUUGACUGGAAUGAAGCUGAGCCCAAGCGGAUUGGCACCUCCUCCAUUGACACCACCUGCACCAUCUGGGACAUUGAACGUGAGACUGUCGACACCCAGCUCAUUGCCCAUGACAAAGAGUUGCAGAGGCAUCAGGCCAGCGCCAACGCCAUUGCCUGGGCCCCACACAGCUCUUGCCACAUAUGCACUGCUGGGGAUGAUUCUCAGGCAUUAAUCUGGGACUUAUCAUCUAUGGGUCAGCCCGUUGAAGGGGGGCUGGAUCCAAUUCUGGCUUAUACCGCAGGGGCUGAGAUUGAGCAGCUGCAGUGGUCCUCCUCGCAGCCUGAUUGGGUUGCCAUUGCGUUUUCUUCCAAGCUUCAGAUUUUAAGGGUAUGAAUGAUUAAUGUAUCCUCAUUUCACACUUAUUCUGUAAGAUUAGAGACUAUGAUUAAUGAAUGUGAAUGUGUUUGCCUUUGACAAGAUGCUAUGUCUCUUCUUCAGUUAUUAAAUUACCCCUUGCUUAACUCCCAUAAAUUCUGACAUCUAAAUUUCUUCUGCUGUGUUUUUAUAUGGCUAAAAUAUAUUCCGGGUAUGGUUUUAUUGGAUGUCUUGAUGCAGCUAGAGAUACAUAAAGGCAACAUCUGGCUGCUGAUCAUGCGUUGCAAAUGUCAAUAGGCUAUAUGGAUUUUGACUUUCAUAUUGCUUUAAUGUCAAAUAUCAUUGCUGCAGAGUUGUAAGGAUUUUGAUGUUUACUGUAAAUCCUGAAGGCUGUCAUGGUUAGGUUACGUGACAAGGCUAAGUUGUAUUGUAAUUCAUUCUUGAAAGUGGUUAUGUUCUGUUAUGGCAGCAUAAAUUUUUAGUAUUAGGAGCCUUUUGCUUUAUUUAUAGGUUUUAUUAAGGUCACGACGAUGCAGUUAGUGGAACAUAAAAGGCAACAUGUGGCUGCUGAUAAUGCUUUGCAAAUGUGGAUGGCCUACCUGGAUUAUGAAGGGUAACAGGGAUUAUAAUCUUUUUUUUGAACGGCAAAAUUGAGAAUUUUAUUUACAGGGAUUGUAAUGUUUACUGUGAUUCCUGAAGGCUAUCGGCUGGUCUUUCUUUGCUUGCUUUUUGGAUUUUUUUGGUGUCUGAUGAAACAUACGCAUGAGUAGAAGUAAUUUGUCCAAAUGAAAUUUGUGGAGUGAA